GUCCCGCUGCCCCGAGGAGUUUAUUUCAGACAUGUGCUCACAGCUCGACGCUGGUUCCAGAUCCACAAACCCUCUGACAAAUGUUUCCCCUGCAUUUUCCGAAUGAUAUUCCAACAUGCUCCCCGCGCUGCUCCCUCUCCCCCGCUCACUUUUACUGUUUCCCUGUGUGCUUUCUCAGACAAGAGGUCACCACUCGUCAUCCCACUCCCUCUGUCUGCUCCAGAUAUUUACAGCUCGCCCUGUUGUUGUUGUUAGCUCACGCUCAACUGCAGCUUCAUGUUGUGGAUGAUUUGUUGGGUGAAGUGUCGAGCGUGGAGGUUGAAGGUCAUCCACGGAGCAGAGAGAUCCCAGAACGUUGGACUGAACCUUGGAUUUCCACCUCAGAGACAUGAGGGAGAAACACCGAGGAGAGGACUUCUGUUUCCAGAGACAUGGACUCGUUUUUGUUGGAAUAAUCCAUGUGUGAACUUGUUAACUGGGCUGUUUCGCUCUGACCUGAAUGUAAACCGGGGAUUAGUCGUCUCAUCAGAGUUCUUGGUGAGAAGCCGAGGCUGGUUUUGCUCCUGGCAAACUCGGAAGAAAGAAGUGGGAAGUAAACUUUGCCGCUUAUUCCCUCAGAGAACGAAGCCUUUGCCGUAUUUGUUUUGGCAAAGAAAGUUGAAGUGAUUAAAAGGCUAAUUUACUUGGAUGGACUUCAAGGAAAAGAAAGGAAAAGAAAACAUGCUGCAACUACAUUUGUUGCUGUAAUGGACUUGGACGAGCUCUGCUGCUCAGCCCAGGAGGAGCACGUUGCUUCUGUUUAUCUACCUUAAAAUCAUCUCAUCAAAGGAUCCAAGAACUUUGGGAUUAUGGAUCUCCGUAGGAGAGUUAAGCCGAACAAGCUACGUCAUAAUUUGGGCUUUUUACACGAUGCAGCGUCAGAGGGGAGAAGCAGCGGUGACGCGAUGGCGAGGGCGGCGAGGUCUCGUGCCUCGCGGGAGGAGAAGGACAAGGAGGACUACGGGAGGGAGAAGGUUCCUCAGUUUGGUUCCAGUUCAUACGUUUUGUGGCCUCUGCGACGGUGUGUUUCCAUGGCAGCAGGGCUGUUACUGGCUGCUGUGUUGGGGCUGAUCCAGGCCUGGUGUGUUAAUGCCAUACAUGAGAAUCUGCUGUGGUUCUCUCAGCUCAUGGAAGUGGAGCGGGAGAUUUCCUUUCGGACAGAGUGUGGACUUUAUUACUCGUACUACAAGCAGAUGUUGCACGCCCCGUCCAUUCAGGAAGGCCUCUCAGAUUUGAUCCAUGACAACCUGACAGAGUCAAAAAGGAGCAUUAACCUGCUGCAGAGAAUGAAUAUCUACCAGGAGGUUUUCCUCUCUGUUCUCUACAGACUGCUGCCCAUUCAGUCAUACCUGGAGCCAGUGUAUUUCUACAUCUACACUGUGUUCUCGCUCCAAGCGGUGUAUGUGAUCGCUCUGUACCUCACCGCGUGGCUCCUGUCCGGUUCCUGGCUGGCUGGUGCACUCACUGGCAUCUGGUACAUCCUCAACAGGGUUGACACCACUCGAGUGGAGUUCACGAUCUCCCUCAGAGAGAACUGGUCUCUGCCCUUCCUCGCGCUGCAGGUCACUGCCGUCACCUGUUACCUCAGGCCUCAGCUCAGCGCUUUACAGCAGAAGGUGAUGGUGUGGUUGAUGUAUGUGACGACGUUCUGCUUCUGUCUGACGUGGCAGUUCAACCAGUUCAUCCUCCUCGUCCAGGCUCUCGUCAUUUACACCCUGGACUGUCUCGACUUCAUCACGGCCCCGCAGGUGACCACUCUGUACCUUGUUCAGCUGAGUGGUCUGCUGAGUGUGUGGCUCCUGCAGUUCUGUAACUCCAUGAUUCUGGGGUCACUGGUCGUGAGCUUCAUCGUCGCUGCGCUCUUCAUCAGACACUGUCAGUCUGCUCUGAAGACAGGAAGUCUGCUGACUCGUGUGGGAAAGCUGCUCCUCCACAGCACCAUGGUUCUGCUCCUCACCGUCACCAUCAACUACCUGGCCAAGAAAGUACUUCAGCUCAGAUCAGAUGAGCACAUCUUUAAAUUCAUCAAGUCAAAGUUUGCCUUGGGGCAUACCAGCAGGGACUUUGAUGCCAGUCUGUAUUUGUGUGAAGAAGCCUUCGGACGUCUGCCUCUCGACACUCUGGAGCGACUUGCUGCGACACUCCUGCUCUACCCCUACAUCCUCACACUGCUGCUGCUCAGCGGCACGCUGGCACUGGCCGCGCUGCACAACCUCAGCAGGUCUCAGGACAGGAAAGCAGCCUCAGAAUGCCAUGCGGUGGCUUUACGUGCAGAUGUGGCCUACAACGUCCUGCACACUCUGUUCUUUGGUCUUGUGGCCUUCAGCACCAUGAGGAUGAAGUACUUGUGGACCGGUCACAUGUGUGCGGUGGCAGCCUACGGCGUGUGCGGGACAGAGCUGUGGACGCUGCUUCUCAACACUCUCCGCUGCAACAGUAAAUUUCUGUUACGCCUCGUCAGAUUUGCUCUUCCACUGGCAAUGAUCGGCUGCCUGUAUUACAAGUUCUGGCCUAAGCUGAUGGAGGAGUUAUCAGAACUGAGGGAGUUUUAUGAUCCAGACACUGUGGAGCUCAUGACCUGGAUUAGCACAAAGACUCCUAAGCGGGCCGUGUUUGCAGGGAGCAUGCAGCUGCUGGCCGGCAUCAAGCUGUGCACAGGCCGAGUUCUCACCAACCACCCACAUUAUGAAGAUAAAGACCUGCGGGAGAGGACCAGACAGGUGUAUCAGGUUUACGCUCGCCGUUCCCCCGACGACGUCCACGACAUCAUGACAGCGAUCGGCGCCGACUACGUGGUUCUGGAGAACAGCAUCUGCUACGAGCGCAGACACGGACGCGGCUGCAGACUGAGGGACCUGCUCGACCUGGACAACGGACAUGUCAUGGACGGACCCGGAGACAACGACCCGGACCUGGUCCCGGCCUCCCACCCUCGAUUCUGCGACGCCAUCAAGAGCGACGCGGCGGCGUCGGGUUACACCGCUCUCUUCACCAGGACGUUCCAGAACAAAACCUUCCACGUGUACCGGGUCAAGAAGAGACGCAAGAAAAGUGCCAAGAACCCGGCGACGGAGCCCGGUGCCACUCAAGAGCAGGAGAAUGAGAAAUGAAAAACGCAGAGGUCAGAGGUUAGAGAGGAAGAAGAGGAGGAGGAGGAGGCGAGCUCUGGCUGUUCCUCUGUCUCCUCUCUGCACAGAACCCAGCUGUGAUCAUGGCCAUUAUUUUUUAACACAUAUUUCUGUAAAGUGUGGUGUUGGAGCAGCGGGUCAGUUCCAGCUCGGGGCUGCACUGUUUUAGUUAGAGCAGAGGUGGAGCACCUACUGCUCCACCUCCUCCACCUCCUCCUCCUCCUCCUCCUCCUCCACCAAGUU